GGUACUGAAUAUUGGAGUGCGCUAAGGCAGUCCGCCUACAGCUCCGCUGGCUGACUGGAGGGAUGUGACCCCGGAACAGGACUCCUCACAACAACACCCCAUUCAAACAGUGCACAGAAGAAAAGUAAAGCUGGACCAGGAGGGAGCCACAGGAGCAGGGGGUAUGAACCGCGAGGAGGCGCCGGGGAAGUCUCCUGAAGACAUGUACAUCCAACAGAAAGUGCGGGUCCUGCUCAUGCUUAAAAAGAUGGGAUCAAAUCUUACACCAAGUGAAGAGGCUUUCCUCCGGAGUUAUUCAGGUGUGGUUCACAGUCAGAUGAGCCAGCUACCCCAGCACAACAUUGAUCAGGGUGCCGAGGAUGUGGUGAUGGCUUUCUCACGAUCAGAGACAGAAGAUCGGAGACAGUGACCCUGGCCCCCCACCACGCACGCACGCACACACACACACACACACCCCACCCUCCACAUAAUCUGUAAACACACUCCUAUCCACAUAACCUGUCAUGGAGGAGCUCAGGAGCAGAUCAGCAUUGGAGAGGGCCGGAGGAGAGGACAGCCAGGUGGCUGCUUGGCUCUCCUCCACCCCGUCCCAUCCUCGCACGCGUCAGCACACCUGAGGAGCACCCACGUGGGUCACAGCGGGCUGAAAGCUCGCCAACAGUCCAGGAAAACUCUUGGAUGUUUUGUGGAUAGUCCUAAAUAUCUCUUUCUGUUUGGGCAGGGGCUGGUUUUUUUGUUUUUGACUAAAGUUGAGCUGUGCUGCAUGUUAUCCUGGCUGCUGGAGGAACCAAGUAGGCAGUUGGAUGAUGCAACAAAUUCUAGUUCCAGUCUGGUAAUGAGUGUGACGAUUGUGUCGGAAGGUCUGUAUCAUUGUUUUCUCUUUGACCCUAACUGGGUGUUGUUUUUAUUUUUCAUUUUAGUGGGGAAACCUUGUGUUUCAUCCGGCAGGGGCCUCACUAUAAGCAGCAUGACACAUGCAUAGAUCAGCUUCUGCAAAAUAGAAUUGACCCACUCCUGCAUGAUUAAUUUAAAAGUGCAUGCUGACCAUGUACAAAAGUUAAGUUUCCCUAUUUAAAAAAAAUGUGUAAAUAUAGUUUUUUGUUCCCACUCUACCAUAUAGGUAUUUUCUGUGUCCAACUCUUAAUGGAGGCCAAUGUUUAAAGUAUUAAUACCUUAUCAUUUAGUGAUAAUAAUCAUGGCUGCAGUAACUGCUGAUAUGUUGCCAAUUAACAAUCAAUAGAUACUUGUGUUUCAAUUCCUUCCAUUUUAGACUGUAGACUGUUCAUGUGGUUCAGCAUUAGUUGAAGUGAUAAAAUCCACACAGACACAAAGGAAGCUGCUCUUUCUCAUCAGUUCCCAGCUUCAUGGUUACAGGAAUCAGUGUUAUUUUUCUCUUUCAUUAAAAAAGAAAAAGGAAGUAAGUUUAGGUCAUUUUAGUGCUCUGUAAUAAUUCAGGCCUGAUAUCAAUCCCUCCCUUUUAGGUAACAGGGGAACAAGUCUGCCUGGAUGUUCAAUCCAGGGAGGCUUAAAAAUAAGGGGCUAAAAAUAAGGGGCUGCCUGAAGGCUUUUUCCUGAAAAUGUGUGUGCAGCGUGUUUAUAUGUGAGGCCCCACUCUUCCUUUUGCUGCUUUUAUUUUGAAGGCUAGUAAGCGGGAAACUGCUUUUGAUAUGAGGGAAUACUCAAGAUAUUUGAGACACUACCAUAUAUCAUAACACGUGUGUGUUGAGGUAACUGUACAAAUAUUUGAAAAAUAUUGUGAUUUUAUUUUUAUUUUAUUUUUAUUUUUUUUUAAACUUAAAAGGUUCAGAUGAGCUGUAGGUGUAAUUUAUUGUUCACUGAACGGACUUCCUGUUCCUCAGACAGCAAAAAGUGAAAUAACUACAAUUUUAUGCCCUCUUUGUUUUUUUUGUUUUUUUGUUUUUUACUAAGCGCAAACAAGUUUUGACCUUCUGAACUAAUCAAAGAAAUCAAACCAAACGUUGUACACUGUACCUCUUGCACUAUUAUCAGCAGGAAACUUUCAGAAGAGACAUUUUCAAUGAUAUCACAGAGAUCCUGUCUUUAGUUAGAAGUUGGAAAAUUAUUUUGUAAAAUGUUUUUAUUCCUCAAGGGGUUUACAAAAUUAUUCUGUGACAAAAAAAAACAACUGGAUCUUCAACGGGCAUUUGUAAACAAGACAUUUUGAUUUAGUCUUAGAGACAUGCUUAAUGUUAACUCUGUUUAAGUUGUGACAGAAGUGCGAUGGCGUCUUCCUUGUGGUUUCUUAUCUUCAUUUUUAAGUGUGGGUCAGUGAAACCCUCCCCACACUGACUGUAGGUUUUAUCAGGAGAUUUGUUUGAUGCUCCCGCCUAAUGAUCAAAUGUUUCUGUAGAAGAAGAAAAAAAUGCUAUUUAUUGCAUCUUGUUGGCAAUAAAAUCUAUUUGAAUGUUCCUAACAAUCAUCACAAUGUAAAACAGCCAACAUAUCUGUCACUGUUUUAUGUUUACACUGUUUUAAAACAAAUUUUUUUGUCUAUGCAUCAUUUUUGUUUUUGCUUAAAGGUGUCUUAUUGUACAUUUUUGCCUAUGGAUGUUGCUCUGCAGCCUUUGAUUAAAUUAUACAUGAAUGUUUGUGUCAUCAUCUUUGAAAGAAAAAAAGUGUUGAUUUUCAUCCUGAUGUUAAAAUGAGGCUAAGAUUGUCUUUUCACUGUGAUGACCUGAUGUUCUUUUAUUGUGUUUUAUAUUGAUUUUUAUUUUACUUUUUUUUUUUUUCAUGGCUUUUUAUUUUAUUUUCCUUUCAUCCUAAAUGUACUGGUGGGUUUUGUUUCAUAUGGCUGCUGGCCAUUUUUUGACUUAAUGCUUCCAAACCCUAUACCAACUAAACCAUUAAAGACCUUAGAAAAACUCAAA